GUCCUUUGCAGUACUGUCAGAGAGAUUCAAACGGUCAUCUGAAAAAAAAAAUCCGUCAAGAUGGCAAACCCAACUCAAAUUUUUGCCGACGACGUGACAGAAGAGAAAGGAGAAAAUGCCCGUCUUUCAGCUUUCGUGGGCGCUAUUGCCGUUGGCGAUCUAGUGAAGAGCACUCUUGGGCCCAAGGGGAUGGAUAAGAUUUUACAAUCAGCAUCGACUGGUGAAAUUAUGGUCACAAAUGACGGUGCUACUAUCCUGAAAUCCAUUGCCCUCGACAACGCCGCUGCAAAGGUUCUUGUGAAUAUCUCCAAAGUGCAAGACGAUGAGGUCGGAGAUGGAACGACAUCGGUCACAGUUCUUGCUGCGGAGCUCUUACGGGAAGCGGAGAAGCUUGUGGACCAGAAGAUACACCCGCAGACAAUCAUUGAAGGUUACCGCAUUGCCAGCAAUGCGGCUCUGCAGGCACUGGAAAAGUCUGCGAUUGACCACAGCAAGAACAAGGAGGCUUUCCGGAAGGAUCUUAUCUCGAUAGCACGAACGACAUUGAGCUCGAAGGUGUUGAGUCAGGACCGUGACCAUUUUGCGGAGCUUGCUGUGGAUGCGGUGCUUCGGAUGCGGGGCUCAACCGAUCUUAGCCACAUUCAGGUUAUCAAGAAGGCUGGAGGAAAACUAGACGACUCUUAUCUUGAUGAGGGUUUUAUACUGGACAAGCGGAUUGGUGUGAACCAGCCAAAGAGGUUGGAGAAUGCCAAAAUUCUAGUUGCAAACACGGCCAUGGAUACCGAUAAGGUCAAGAUUUUUGGUGCCAGACUCAAGGUUGAAUCGACAGGAAAGCUCGCAGAACUGGAACGAGCGGAGCGUGAAAAGAUGAAAGCAAAGGUGGAGAGAAUCAAGGCUCAUGGUAUUAACUGCUUCGUCAACCGACAACUUAUUUACAACUGGCCUGAGCAGCUCUUCUCUGAUGCGGGCAUUGUUUCUAUCGAACAUGCCGAUUUUGAUGGCAUUGAGAGACUUGCUCUGGUUACGGGUGGUGAGAUAACAUCCACCUUCGAUCACCCCGAGAGCGUGAAGCUCGGGCACUGCGAUUUGAUCGAGGAGGUCAUCAUUGGCGAAGAUACUCUGAUUAAAUUUUCUGGCGUUGCUGCGGGACAAGCUUGCACCAUUGUUCUUCGUGGUGCUACCGAGCAGCUUCUCGACGAAGCUGAGCGAUCUCUACAUGACGCGCUGGCGGUGUUGUCGCAGACCGUCAAGGAGCCCAAGACAACCCUUGGCGGUGGCUGUGCUGAAAUGGUCAUGGCCAAAGCUGUCGACCAAGCAGCACAGAAUGUUGCCGGCAAGAAGGCAAUCGCGGUUGACUCCUUUGCUAAAGCACUCCGACAGCUGCCGACCAUUUUGGCAGACAACGCAGGACUUGACUCAAGCGACCUCGUGACACGACUUCGCUCCGCCGUUUAUUCUGGCAUGACUAGUUCCGGGCUCGACUUGCUCACGCCGGGCGGUGGCAUUGCUGACAUGAGGGAGCUUGGCGUUAUUGAGAGCUACAAGCUGAAGCGCGCAGUGGUUUCGUCAGCAUCCGAAGCUGCGGAGGUUUUAUUACGUGUGGACAACAUUAUCCGAAGUGCGCCGAGAAGACGCGAGCGCAUGUGAAUGCCGAAAUAGAACCCAGCAUAGAUCUUAUUGCGAUUGCAAAAUCCAUUUGUCUCGUAACUACGCAUUCUUGGCAGGAUCAUAAAAUUUCAUCUUCACCUCUGUAUUAAAGAUUUGACAAUUAGCAAGUAUUUAGCCUGAUUGCAAACUGCUUCCGUGGCAUGGGACUCUGAAUCGACCUUGUGAAUGGCGUGACUGGUGUACUCGCUGGUGGCGCAGAAUCAGCCUCAUGUCUGCCAUAUGGCGGUCUGGUAUCGGGCGUCUCAAGGGCUUUUUGUGGGCUGCAAGGGACGAGAAUGCAUCAGGAGCGCCGUGCAUGCCAUAUCACCAUUGAACAAGAAGUGACGACGCCUG